GUGUGUGGGGUCUAUAGCAGCCUGUUGACACGGUGCGCGAUCAGCUUAAUGGCUGCUGUUGUUGUCGUUGUUGUUCGGCUAUUUCGCUAAUGUUUCUAUUUGGUUAGCCUUCUUUGGGAGAUUGAUGACUGAGACCAAACGACUAUACGAGCGACCUCUCUAUGGGCUAGACCAAAAGGGGAUCAAACGUCGACGCUUGUCUGGCGGCUUCUGCAGGAGCGCUGUGGUAACUGCUAGUUGUUGCUGCUUCGACUUUAGGUCGCGCUGCAACAGACCUAGCAACAAUUGCAGAAGAGUAAUAGUGGUCAACAGCGAAGUCGAAAGUAAGCAUAAACUAACGAAGACGGACAGAUAAACGGACCUUUCGGGCUCAUUGCCUGCCAACAUUGGCUGAAUUAUUAAUAGAGAACGAUCACGUCAUUAGACAGCGUGUCGGUGUGGGUCGCAGGUGGUGCAGCUGUAGUAAGCUCGUUGAUGGUCAGGAACUCGCAGUGUUAAGAAGUUCUGUUGAAAUUUCACAUCAUCGUGUGGUCCUGUCACGUAUUUUAGUAUUAUUAGAACAGUGACGAGGUACGGCAUUGCUGAUCAUCCUACAAGAUGGUGUUCGAGUCAGUUGUCGUUGACGUACUCAACCGGUUUGUCGGAUCGUACGUUGAGAAUCUCGACGCUUCGCAGCUAAAGAUCGGCAUUUUUGGAGGGAAUGUGGAUCUAACAGAUCUGACCAUCAAGCCCUCAGCACUCGACGACCUCAAUGUGCCGUUCCGAGUAACAUACGGCUUCAUCAAGAAGCUCACUCUAAAGAUACCAUGGAAAGACCUUUACGGAUCACCAGUGGUCGCCACUAUCGAUGGGGUCUACGCUGUCAUUGUUCCCUCGUCUGGGGCGCGUUACGACGCGGCCAAGGAGUUCCGUGCAGCUCAGGAUGCCAAACAGCGUUCUCUCGCAGCCAACGAGGAGAUGAAGAUCAAGGAACGAGAGAUGAAGAACCCUGUAAAGAAAGAGAAAGAAGAUACGCUUGUAGAGAAAAUCGCUGCCCAGGUCGUCAAAAACCUCCAGGUGAAAAUUUCAAACAUUCACUUGAGAUACGAGGAUAACUUCAGCAAUGCCGCAAGGCCAUUCUGCGUUGGAGUAACGCUCAACCGACUGAACUUCGAGACGACGGAUGAGAACUGGCAGCCACAGAUGGUCAAUCGGGCUCAACAUAUAUUCCACAAACUCAUUACGCUAGAUAGUUUCUCAUUCUACUGGAACUCGAGGGUCAGGCUUAUCGCGCACCUCAGUUCAAGGGAGAUUAUGGCUGAGCUGGUUAAUACGAUCGCACGCGAAAACUUCAAACCGCUCGAUUUCGGAUACAUGGUGGGACCAAUUACAUCUACGGCACGUAUGAAAAUCAAUCAGAAGCCUGAGUUAAACCACUAUCAGAUGCCGUCAACAACGGUUGAUAUACUCGUCGAAGAUAUAUCUAUCGCUAUGGCAAAAUACCAAUAUCACGAUAUUGUGGCGCUGGUCGACUCGAUGAAUCGCAUGUGGUUAGCCGACAAGUUCCGCAAAUACCACCCACAAGUACCCGUGCAUAAAAACGCUAAGAAAUGGUGGCAUUUUGCCUAUAACGCUAUCCUGGAGGAACAUAUUAGGCCUAGACGACGACAGUGGAACCUCGACUACCUGUUGGGACAUAUUCGUAAAGUAAAGGAAUAUUGUGAAGAGUACAAGAACAAACUGCAGACGAAAAAAGAGUCGGACAGAUUAAAGAGACUUGAAGAGGAGUUAGAUCUGUUCAACAUCAUCUUGGCUAGACGUCAAGCUGAGUUCGAGGUCGAAAAACUACCGAAGCCCGAGCCCAAGAAGGGCUGGUUGAGCGGCUGGUGGGGCGGCGCUAGCAAACAGGAGGGAGGGGGAAACGAAAUUGUCUCGAGCUUCCAAAAGAAGAUGACCGCGGAAGAGAAAAAGAAACUCUACGCCGCUAUUGACUACAACGAAAAUCAGGUGCCGGCUGAUUAUCCAAUCUACUUUGUCGACAAGAAGCUCAACUUUCUCCUCCGAACCCUCAACAUUAUUGUGUCGGACGACAGUAGAAGGCCUAAGGAAGUAGUGAUGCAGACAACCCUGAAAGAAGUGUCUUCAUCUAUAGAGAUGAGGCCCAAGGGCGAUGCGCUGAAGGUGGGUGCCAAGAUUGAAGCGUUCAUGAUCGAGAGUUUUCCGAGCGACACUUCGAAGAGACGAACGCUCCUAACAUCAGAUAACAACCAAAAGGCUUGUACUGAAGCCGAAAAAAAGCAUCUUUUGGAUGUGACCUUCGAGAAGAAUCCGUUGCAAGGCGGAUGUGACCAUUGGGUCCGAGUGUUCGCUGAACCCGUCGAAAUGUUUUACGACGUGCGAUCGUUUGAUGCUGUCGUGGACAUCUUCAAACCUCCGAACACAGUCUCCAUUGACAAUAUUCAAAGUACGGCAGCUUCAGGUUUAAAAAGCCUCAAGGUGAUGUCAGCCACGGGAUUGCAACAUGCAAUUGACAACAAGCCCUCCCUUGAUCUUCUCGUCCAAGUGAAGCCGUCAUAUAUCCUGAUCUAUGAAGGGGGCAAAAUUGAUGACACGAAAAAUGUCCUAGUUCUCAGUAUGGGUCAGCUAAUAAUACGAAGUUUGCCCCGCAACAAGGAUGCUCCGUCUCUUCAAGAAAUGGUCAAAGCGGGCAGCAGUGAAAAAGAAGUUCUCGCGGCUCUCUUCAACAAGGCCUAUGAUAAGAUGCGACUAACAUUGAGCGCGGCUGAGAUUCGAGUGGUGCCAGCAUCUGAAAUAUGGCGGCAAUGCGUAAAGAAUAAUGUUGAGGGAACGCACGUACUGCACCCAACCUCUCUUGAUGUGAACGUCGACAUCUGCUUCCUUCCGGAUGAGAAACGGAUACCGAAAGUAAAAGUGUCUGGAAGGCUGCCUGACUUGACCGUCACCCUCUCUGAUGAGAAGGUUGUAAACCUGUUGAAGAUCCUUCAGUCGACAAGUGGUGAACCGAAACCUGUUUCGCCACCAACUCAUGGAAAGCUAAAGGAAAUUGGGCAGGGUACAUUGCUCGAAGACGGGGGAAAUAAUCCGGCGUCUCAACAGACUAUUGGGAGCGCACAGGUUAUUCUCGAUCGACAAGCCCAGAAUGUUGCGAUAGCACAGAAGGACAAGGACGACCAGACGAAGCGGUCACAGGACACUUACGAAGAGGUCAUAGUUGACCUCGUUUUUGAAAUCACUACUUUCACUUGCAACGUGACUCAGGUUGUAACGACGCGAGGUAGUGCGGAGCGCCCCCUUUUGGAGUUCACCACAAACGAAUUGCGUGCGGUGAUGAUUCUUCACCCGCUCGACUUCAGCUGCGUGGUGACCCUUAAAAACACCGCUCUGACGCAUCAGGAGUACACAUUACCUCAGACGGAAAAGCCUUUGCCAGUUCUAGAGAGCAGUGUGGAUCCAGGGAGCGGUUAUAUGUUAAAAAUUACGUACACCCAAGCGGAACCCAAACAUCCAGAAUUCCGUACUCGUUUCCAUAAUACGCUCAAAGCGGUCAACUGUACGGUAGGAGAGAUGACUUUCGCGCUACAUAAAGAAGCAAUGGUGUCACUAAUGAGUUUUGCCAACCAUCUAACGGAACAGCUGUUUGAAGGACAACCUGCGCCACCAACCGUAAAUGCCAACCCUACGGAUCGCAAUAACCCCAUGGUCGGAUCAAUCACCUCACAAUCGGUGUCUAGUGCCCAAAAUCAGAUGCAACUUACUACAAAGAAGUGCGCUUCGCAAGCGCCGAAGAAACCACCCGUCGUGCAGUUCAGCGCAUUUGCAUCGCUGGCCGCACUUAAAAUUAUCCUCUGUCGCACGGGGCGUCUUCUAGCACAAAUGGACGUUACCGGUGUUGAAGCCGGACUUGACCAGACCCGACGUCAGAUGGUCAGUCACGUCAUUCUGAAGUCGAUAAAUAUGACAGACGCCAAUCAAAUGUCGAAACAUCCACAGAUAAUUUCUAUCACCGGCGAUGACGUGCUCAAUGCGAAGAUUUCGAUGUUCGAAGAAAGUGGAACAGAGGGUUACACCGACAUGAACCGAGUCGAUAUGGGAAUUGAGGCAACGAUCGGCCAAAUGCAUUUCGUGUUUCUCUGGCAAUUUCAUUUGGAUGUGAUGUCGUUUUUGGAUUCGUUUCAGGGGGCCAAGGACAAAGUUGCCGAUGCAACGGCCGCUGCUGCGGCGGCAGCAAAAGGAGCAGCUGAGCUGGCCUACGCAAAAGCUUACAAGAUGGACAUCAAUGUCAUGAUUAAGGCUCCAGUUAUUUACGUGCCGCAGAGCUCUCAGUCACAGAGCUGUCUUGUGAUGGAUUUCGGUGUACUAAGUAUCCGCAACGCGUUUCAGCCUGGACCUGCAGUGACGUCAGAUAGCACUCCAGUGCUUUAUGAAAACAGCAAGAUUAGCAUUGACAACUUAAAAAUGUAUCGUUGCCAAUUGAAACAACGAUCACGCGAAAGCGUGGCUAACUCGGAAUUUUCUAUAAUGGACCCAGUCUCGUUUAUUCUUGACGUUCAACGAAAUCUUACAGCGUUUGCACACAAACAAUUGCCCGAACUCCGUAUGAAGGGUACGAUUCCGUCAGUCGGCUUUAAAGUAAGCGAAGAUGAUUACGCUGCCUUAAUGAAAACACUUAGGGAGAACUUCGGUGAGACCCCGCCCGGCUACAAAGCAGCCGAAGUAGUUGAAUCUCAUGCACCGCUUGCUGUAAAGCCACAAAGCUGUUCAGAUGUUGUAACAGUGGGCGAUGCUGGGGUGAGCACGAAGCAAGUUGUAGAAGCAGACGUCACUACAAGGCCCGUGUCGAAACGUUCGGCCGAAAAUGCCGCUGAGGAGAAACUGGUUCGCAUGGAGAUUUUCUUUACGUUGCAAGAGAUUAAGCUACAGCUUUACACUCGGCGAACGAUCGAGAAGAGCGAAGAACUCUGUGAGCUCAACAUUGCUGGCUUCAAACUUUGCGGUCAUUUCAACCACGACAAUUCUUUCUGGGUAAACAUGUUUCUUGUCAACUUGUUGCUUGAAGACCGUCAGGUGUCGCGACGAGCCGGACUGCGACGACUUAUCACGAAGGGUGAUGACAGCGAGAAAAUGGUAGACAUCAUCUAUCAGGCUGAGAACACGGGUGCAUUUGCAACCGUUAUCAAGGUGUCCAAAAUGCGCUUCGUUUACAGCGCAUCACUAAAUAUGGCAUUGCUCGAACUAGUUAAUCAAGCCAACGUGAACGCUGAGAUUGAACACGAAAAAAAUGAGGCUCGACAGAAACGGGCUGGGGGUGCAGCACUCAGCAUUGGGAGUGCUGGGGUCGGCAGUUCUGCCCCUGCUGGGACCGCACCAAGUGGCAUCCAACCGGCAGUGAGUGGUGUGGGACCGCCUGUUACCCGAGCGCCGCCAAAGAAGACCGUCCCGUUCACUGUUGUCCUGCAAAUUGUUCAACCAGAUGUGCUGCUAGUAGCCGACCUCGAGAAUCCCGCCUCGGCUUGUAUCAUCUUCAAAAGUUCGGUCAAUAUUCGAAUCAAGCAGGACAAAGUGAAAAUAAACUUUACGGCUCAGCUACAGGACAUUGAAAUGUUUGUCUCGUCACUGGAUUCCGGUGGGGCGCGUUCUGAAAUCUUGCGGCGAUGCGACAUUACUGCCGAAGCCGAUCAGGACAACAAAAGCUUAAAGGUCAAAGUCGAUGUUACUCCGAUUGAAAUCCACAUGACGCCUUCCGCUGUCGAAAUCGUCAGCGCGAGUUUAUCGGCGCUUAGUGCUGCGCCUGCCAAAGCUGCCCUGGAUAAACCCCCUGAAUUUUUCGACCCGCGUAAGAUUUGGAUGCCACAACGUCUCGAAGGUAAAAGCUUGUGGUACACCAUGAAGAAGAAAGGUGGCGAAGCGGGAGUCUCUACAGAACCCCCGUUUGCGCUAUCGGAGGCCAAUCUGGAACAGACUGCUUCUUUCGCAAUGGAUCGAAUUGUGUUAACUAUCGAACAGGGCUCCGGGGCCCAGACGAUGCCAAUGCUCCUCGUGAACUCGAGCCUAAAAGGUGAUGCUCGCAACUGGUCAUCGAAUUUGGAGUUCGACUCUGUACUCAACUGUGUCGUGUUCUACUACAACGAAAGACAUGCCGUAUGGGAGCCGCUUCUUGAGUCGGUCGAAACUUUGAGCGGAAGUCGAAAGCCCUGGGAAAUGACAAUGGCUGUACGCGCGGCGUCAAAUUCCGACCUAGCGGAUAAGGAAGAACCCGCGAGUCAGCUGCCGCCGUUAUAUCAAGUGCUCGUAUGCUGUCAGGACAGCCUUGAAUUUACGGUGACUAAGACUGCUCUGCAGGUACUGCAAUCCCUGGGCCGGGAAUUUUCGCAGGCGCUGCACAAAAAAGAGGACGUAUUGGACUCACGAAAGGUUGAUGCGCCUUACUGCGUUAAGAACUCGCUGGGAAUACAUUUCACAGUCAAUGUGGAAAAAUCGAACUUCAUGAUUAUUACGACCGAAGAUGAUUACUCCGUGGUCCCAGACAAUAAAAAGCUUCAUCUCGAUUUCCGGAAUCGCGGCGACUCACUAUCGUUACUCAUGGACAGCAAUAUGGAAGACGUGCACCAGUCAAAAGACGAUACGUUAUUCUUCAAUGUACGUAUGACCUUCGGUGAGACGGAGGUCGAGCGCAAACUAAAUGUGAAUCACACAGCUCGACGGGUGAUCCGUAUACCUUUCCGCUCAUAUCCAGGCGACGACUGGUCGUACGUAGUUGACGUCAGCUCGCAUUACGGAGCGCGACUUGUGACACUUUAUUCCAUCGUGGAAGUCUUCAACGCAUUCUCCGUUCCGAUGGACAUCUAUUACACGUUAAAUGACGAGCGCCGACUUUGUGCCUCGGUGGCACCGAAGUCGUUAGUACAUGUACCACUAGCAGCAUUGUACACCUGCAAGAACGAGCUCCUUUUCAAACCAGCAGGCGAUCGCUACCAGAUAGCCGACGAUGCUUUCAAUUGGAAGUGCGCCAUGAGUCUAGAUCAGCUGAUCAUCUGCAAAGCUACCGACCCCAGCAAGGCGUCACUGUACAUGAAUGUUAUGUCGCAAACGGAAGCUCUACCACAUGAGGAUAGCCCAAGCGAGAAAUGCACUUUCUAUAGACUCCGAUUGGCACCGACAGUCAUGAUCAACAACCUGCUGCCGUUUCCUAUCGACAUCAAUCUUAAAGAAAGCAACGUCCACCUUGACCUGAAAUCCGGCGAUGAAGUGGAGCUGUGGAACGCCAAGAGAACUCAGAAUGUGCUCAACAUUCGUAUGGAAUACGCAAAAGUUCGCUGGCACAGUACCACCGUUAUCAAUGACACAAUGGAGGAACUCACAGCAAUCACCUUUAAAGACUUAAUUGACCAGGGGAAUACGCUGGAUUUGGCACUUCACUGCGAACGGAAAGAGGGUAGUACUAUGUUAUCGGUACAUUGUCCAUUCUGGAUGGUGAACAAGACUCAGACAGACCUCUUUUACAAGAAGGGAAAAGGUUCGAAAGCCGACGCCUCAGUCCCGUCAUUGUCGUCCUCCUCAUCGACAUCGUCAUCAUCAUCGAGUAAAGCUCUCAAGAAACAAAUGGCCACACCUUCUUCUUCCGCCUCGAACGUUUGCUGUUCGUGUUUUCGCGCCAACGAACUCGAAGAGCCUGAGAUCCGAAGAGAAAAGUCGUGCGGGAGGUUCAGGGAAAUUUGCGCGUGGAUUCUUCCAACCUCCGUGAGUCACGAAGUGACGCAACCUUUCCAGGCGAACGAGGAGAGCAUCUGUCACCGGGCAGAUAACCCGGACCCAGUGCUGUUCACCUUCGGAGCCAAACACAUGUUUGCACCCAAGAAGAAAAUGUGUCUACGAAUCUUUGACUCGGAAUGGUCAUCGAAGACAUCUUUGGACGCGGUUGGCCAGUCGGGAACGUUGAUGGCGAAGAGCGCCAAGAAGGAUCAAAUAUAUCCGCUGAGCGUGAGCAUUUCACUGAGCUCAACGACUUUGACUCGAAUCGUAACGUUCACGCCCUUUUAUAUGGUAAUGAACAAUUCGAAGUUCGGCACCAUCGAGGUUAAAGAGAACACUGAAGGGGCACCAUGGCUAAAAGUCGAGAAUAAGCAAUGUAUUCCCUUAUGGCCGACCGUAGUUGCUAAACUCGAACUGGUGGUCAGGUACGCUCACACCAAUGAGGUCACUGUGCCCUUUUCUAUUAAGGAAAGCAGCUCCGUCCUGCUUAGGCUCGACAACAAGUAUGGAGGUCUUUUCAUGACGUGUCAAGUCGAAGAUAGCGCGACCGUCGUUUCGUUUUCCGAGUACGAACAGGGCCUUUCCGCUGUGCUCCUUGUCAACGACACGGAUGAAAACGUAUACGUGAAACAGAUGUAUACCGGCGCUUCGGCCCAGUGUGUGCAAGUGGGCCAUUCGGUUCACUAUGCGUGGGAAGACCCCACAGAAAACCGUCAGAUUUGUUGCUGGGUCAGCGAGCACGACGUCUGCAAAAUCGGCCCGUUAACGGAUGCCAACGGAGUCAUUCAGCUUCCAAACAACAAAGUACUCUACUGGGGUUCAUUUCUCGAUGGUAAACAACGCGUCUUAUACUUCUGCAAUGACAAGCAUCAUUUCACACGAAUCGAGCGGGUCGGUGCUUUGGAACGCUGCACAAUGGAGCUUGAGGUCGAAUUUCAUGGAAUGGGCAUUUCGCUUGUUGAUGAUGAUCCUAUACGGCGAGAAAUCGUUUACUUAUCUGUUACGGGAUCUGGAGCGCACUGGGAAUCGCGGCCGAAACACAAGCAAAAGUACAAAACUCUUAGUACGGACCUUUCUACCCAGCUCGAGGUCGAGUACCAGAAAUACCUGAACAUUGUCAAAGCUGUCGGACAAGAAACCAUCUCGUCUGCAGUGAAAAUCGGCAAAUACCGGGUAGAUUUCAAUGAGAUGGAAAUCAUAGCACCGGAAUCGAAAGCGCUCCGCCGUACCAAUCGACCAGGUCUGUGGCUGCUGGUCCGAAUGACUGAAAACCAGAAAGCCCUCCACCUCAAAAUCCACCGAAUUCAGACCGACAACCAAAUCCGUGACUGCCAAUUUCCUGUUAUCCUGUCGCCAGUCGUUUAUAAGCGAUCGGUUGGCGAACAGAAACUUGCAAAACCAUUUAUCGAGAUGUCGUUCAUCAUGCGACAGUUCGCUGGCAGUAACCUUCGCCAAGUCAAAUACUGUAAAUUACUCAUACAAGAAUUUGCCAUUCGUAUCGAUAUGUGCUUCGUAAACUCGCUCCUCGCGUUCACUACGCUUUCCGAGAAGAAGACAGGCUAUGCCGAACUAAUAGAGCGCGAUAUGGUUGUCGCGAAGACACCUUUGAGGGAGAUUGCCUCGGUGCACGCCGUACAAGGACAGCGUGACUACAUCGACUUCUUACAUCUCUCGCCUAUGAAGAUCCACUUGUCGUUCUCCAUGCAAGCCGGAGGAUCGGCACCACCACCGCCAGAGGGCGCUUUUUCAGGCGUGAAAUUAUUGUUGAAGAGCUUCGGUUUCAAUCUCGCUGACAUCCAGGGGGCCAUACUGAAACUGGACUAUUUCGAGCGCAAAAAUGACUUCCUUACGAUAAGUCAGCUCGUUGGGGACGUUACGUCCCACUACACGAAGCAGGCGCUCAAGCAAUUCUACGUCGUCAUUCUUGGACUCGACGUUAUGGGUAACCCUGUCGGUCUCCUGAUGGGUAUCACGACAGGAGUGGGAGACCUAUUCUACGAACCCCUGCAGGGCGCCAUCCAAGGACCCGAGGAGUUCAUCGCAGGUCUUGCUCAAGGAGUUUGCAGUUUAAUCGGACAUACUGUGGGAGGAGCAGCUGAUGCAAUGAGUAAAAUCACGGGGGCGGUCGGUAAAGGCGUCGCCGCUCUCACUAUGGAUGAAGAGUACCAGAAGAAGCGCCGACUGGAGAAAAACAAACGACCGCAGGACAUUACCGAAGGUAUCGCCCAGAGCGGAAAGGACCUGGUGAUGGGUUUCUACGACGGAGUGACGGGCGUCGUAACCAAACCGCUCGAGGGAGCGCGGGAAGAUGGCGUCACCGGCUUCAUGAAGGGUAUGGGGAAGGGCAUUAUCGGAGUAGUUGCCCGACCUGCAUCUGGAGUAGUCGAUUUUGCUAGUGGGACAUUUGCGUCUGUCAAAAGAGCAACAGAGUUAGAGGACGUGGCUGUGCCCGUGCGACCUCCACGGCUAAUCCGCUCGGGCGGAGUGGUAUCGGCGUAUAAUCGUAUGGAAGCUGAAGGUCAUCAGCUUCUACAAGAAGUCGAAAAUGGAAAAUACGCUACCUCCGACGCCUAUAUAACGCAUUUGCGCGUCUGUAGCGACGGACAAAGCUUCGUCAUACUCACGAAUCAACGGGUCCUAUUUGUGGAAAAGGGCGACAUCUUCGGUCAUUGGAACUGCGAGUGGGAAUACACGUGGGAUCAAAUUCGGCCCCCAGUUUCCUGCAAUGAGGGUGUCAAACUUCUACUGAAGGAGCCCAAGAGAAAGGGACUCUUUCAGGCUAAGGAGAAUGGUAAAAUCAUCAACUUACCCAACGUCCAGAUCAUAGAGUGGCUUUGCGAACAGAUCACCAGGGCGAUGAGUAAGAAUGCUUAAGGCAUAGGGCAGAAAACGCUAUGCGCUGUUAAGCUGUGCAAAUAGGCUGUGAGUCAGGCGGCUGGCUAUAUGACCGCUGUGCCUCACAGACGCAAUUACGGCAAUCACUCACGUCUUUUCUGUGCAGUCAUUGCUCACACGCCGAUGUAGCGUCCACAAACAUUGGGUCAAUGCUAGAUCGUGUUCAAGUUUUUUUCCGCUUCGUGGGUGUAUGUUCAUUCAGCAACAGGAGCUUCCCGCUUUUUUGUACUGAAAGCGGUAACAACGAGCUACGUCAUCAGCGUGCUAUCUCGAAGAAACGAAAAAAGCCCCGCGUAAUUAGCAUAUGUUACCGCCGUGAUAGCACAUUACUACAUACGUGCAUAUUUUAUUGGUACUAUUUUUAUUAUGAUACGUUAGGUAUCGAUGAGCGUGUUUGUCUUCGUUUUAUAAUGCUGUAGUGGUUAUAAUGCCAGCGAUGAAUGGACAAUUUCACUCUUAAUGGCCAUUGCUACUAUGAGUUUGUUACAUCGAUUUAAAUGUUGUCAGCAGCGUAUAACUAGGCUUGAUUGAGAAACGGAAGUUUGAAAGGGGCAACUUGUUAUUGCAGUAACUCUGCCUCAUAAUACUGACGUUACCGUCUAGUAACGCAGGUGGGAAAAACAUGGAGGCAAGGAGGCUGUAAGUGAAAAUGGCCUUGUGUAGUUGAUAAGUGACAAGUUAAAUAAAAUAGGUUCGAUAUCGUCUCCGAACAACAGUAUGCAUGGAUUUUUCGUGUUUUGCUAUGUGCCAUACCCUAUCUGACCAGAUCCGUAUUAUCGUUAGGACGACCUCAAAUGUUUGUUCACGCGUUCAGUUAGAAUACUGUUGACUGACUUUUAGUCGUGAUAAUGUCUAACGGCAAUAGCGUCAAAUAAGUACAACUAGGAUAAAAAAAAAACAGCAUACAUUUCAGUCAUAGCAGUCACUAUGUUAAUGGUAUUUUUUUAAACGUAUUUUUCUAUGACGUGCACAAUGCUGCACACAAGCGAGUCCAAUACUUAAAUUCCUCCGAAGCCCAAUGAGGGUUGUGUCUCCCAAUCACAGGUUAUUAGCUUCGUAAAUAUAAAGCGCGAUGAAAGAGACCAUCAUACGAAGGGACGUCAAGCAGUAUGCGGUGUAAAAUAACCCAUGUGUCUUAGUUGUCCUAGCUGGGGACGCGAUUCAGCCUUUACUCUAGAAGAGCGCGUUGGAAUAGUGGCGAUCUGCAAUAUGCCGGUGAGGAAGUAAUGAAGCUGACGAAUAACACGACAAAGCGAAGGAAUGAUGGAAACGUACGUCGUUUACGCAUGUAAAAACAAUGGUGUCAUGAAGAAUAUGUUAAUUGAAGCACGUGUGUUGUAAGUGACAAGUUUCUACGGCCCAAACACCAUAAGUCAGAAAUACGGAAAAUUAAUGUUAAUGGUUUUGCUGGAGAAUAGAACACUGCUCCAUAGACGACAUUUUUUGCGAGCAGUGUAUUAACAUGAAGCUGCAAUUUUGUGUUCUGCUAAGCGAGGAGGACUUUUUUUUUGGUAACUACAAGAUCUGGGUCUUUAUCCAUGGCUUUGAUUACUUACGUUACAAGGGGUUUUUGUUUUUUUUUUUACCUAUUCGUUGCGAUUUCUCGACUAUGCUACGAUGCUGAUGAACAUUUAUUGCAAAAUAAACAUGCUGGUUAUCGUUAUGGAUGCAGUAGUAUGCGUUAGUUUGGCGACCAUGCUACAUGAACAUUGCGAAAUAUACAUAAACAUAUAUAUGCACUAAUUUUAAAGACAGUACACACGAUGCUACUAAAUAGAAUCUCUGAUUGAGAUUUAUUCAAGCCGUAUUUAUUAGGUCAGCUGACUUCUAACGGGAAAAAAAGAGACGUAACUAGAUUGUUAAGGAAUAAAAGCUCAGCUGUACGGUACUUUAAUCGGGACAGCAAUUGAUACAACCCCACUAAACACAUAAGCAGUUAGCGUAAGUCCUGCGUUGUUGUAAGGACGUCAAGAACAUUUUGUCAGAGACGACUGUGUCGGUAACAUUUCUGAGUCUUCAGUUCUGAGUUCAGAAGCACGAACGAAGAUUCGGAAAGUUACAUUAGUCAGAUUGCGAACACAUACAAAAAAACAGUCACCGGUGGCCACAAAUCUAGACACACUAUUGGUCCGUAGCUGCCUUAAACACAUUCAAAAUAAAACGUGUAUAUGCAUGCAUACAUACAUACAUACAUACACAUACGAAAGUGACUUGAGAUGGUUGUUAUGUUAUUCCGGUUACUACUUUUUAUCACCUAAGUGGUAAGGAAAAUGAAUGAUUUCAACACUGUUCUUAGACGAGAGCAGAUGACUACGGCAUGAAACGGAAAGACAAACGGUUGUAUAUUAACGACAGAUUAUGAUGUUUUUUUUUUUUUUGCUUAAGAGCAGAAAUGAGAGGAAAAGAUACACAAUGUAUAAAAAGUUGAUUCAAUAAAACAUAAUGGAGAAAUAAAAUCGGCUCUAUCUUGA